UCUCCCCGCGAGACGCGGAGGUUUUGACCUUGCAAGGGGAGGAGCUGAGUUUUAACUGCUGGCAUUUGUUGGGCUGCAGGUCACUUGCGUCUCGGCUGCGGCGCACCGCUCUGUUCUCUCUGACUCGGCCGAGCCUUGUUGUGCGAAGGGGGGGCCCCUGGGCCCGCCAAGCGCUGCCCAUGGGGCGGAAGGCGCGCGGCUCGGACAGCCGCGGCCCCGGGGCGCCCAGCGGGCUGCCCGCUUAGGCGCCGUCUCUUUCUCCCCGCAGAUCGGAGGGAGCUUUUGGACAGAGGCAGAAUCCGGACUGCCCCCUAGGGUCCUCUUGCUCAAAACUGGUGUCGGGCCCCAGCCGGAGCAGCCUAAAGGACUAGUAGCCCCCGGCCCAACUGGCUGCUGGGGACUGGGAGCUGCGCCCGAGGCCUCCAGGCCCCCGCCACUGCCGCCAUGGAUUCCUUUAAAGGGGGUAUGGGCCUGGAGCGGUUACCCGAAGGACUUCGGCCACCGCCUCCCCACGACAUGAGCUCCAGCUUCCACCUGGCUCGUGCUUCUGACUCCCGAGAGCCCCUGGAGAACUCAGCCAGCGAAUCCUCCGACACAGAAGUCCCAGAAAAGGAUCGGAGCGGAGAAACCAAGGGCAGUGAGGACGGAGGUGGUGAAGAUCCGGCCAAGAAGAAAAAACAGCGCAGACAAAGAACGCACUUCACUAGCCAGCAACUGCAGGAGCUCGAGGCGACUUUCCAACGGAACCGCUACCCUGACAUGAGCAUGCGGGAGGAGAUUGCCGUGUGGACCAAUCUCACUGAACCUAGAGUCCGGGUCUGGUUCAAGAACCGCCGAGCCAAAUGGAGGAAGCGAGAACGUAACCAGCAGAUGGACCUGUGCAAGAACGGCUAUGUGCCGCAGUUCAGCGGGCUGGUGCAGCCCUACGAGGAUGUGUACGCCGGCUAUACCUACAACAACUGGGCCGCAAAGAGCCUCACACCAGCGCCGCUCUCCACCAAGGGCUUCACCUUCUUCAACUCCAUGAGCCCGCUGUCCUCGCAGUCCAUGUUCUCGGCUCCCAGCACCAUCUCGUCCAUGAGCAUGCCCUCUGGCAUGGGCCACUCGGCGGUGCCAGGCAUGCCUAACUCCGGCCUCAACAACAUCAACAACCUAAACAACCUCACUGGCUCCUCACUCAACUCGGCCAUGUCGUCCAGCGCCUGCCCCUACGGCCCUCCAGGCUCGCCCUACAGCGUCUACCGGGACACGUGUAACUCCAGCCUGGCUAGUCUCCGACUCAAGUCCAAACAGCACUCCACGUUUGGCUACAGCAGCUUGCAGAGCCCGGGCUCCGGCCUCAAUGCCUGCCAGUACAAUAGCUGACCGCGUGGGGAGGGGGCCGGGCCGGGCCCGGCCAGGGCCAAGCCGGGGAGGAGGCUCCCGAUCGGACUACCACGGACCACACGUAUCUUUUACUCUCCCCUCUUCCUUCCCCCUCUCUGUUUUGUUGUUGUUGUCGUUCGUUCGUUUGUUUGUUUUUGCUUUGUUUUCUCCUCCUCCACUCUCCCUAAAAAAACCAAAAACAAAAACAAAAAAAGACGUCGGGAAAAAAAAAACCACGAAUAAAUGGAUGAGUUGCAAUUUCCCUCUGGAUUAUGCGGGUUGUAUGUAAUUACUUGAACUUGCACAGGCGUAGUGAAAAGGCCACUUUCCGGAGAUCCGGCGGAGA